AUGGCGAAUGAUGAUAAUUGGGAUGAUGAUGAGUUCAUUACAGAUGCAUGCAUUUUAGGUGUUGUGGUAGCCAUUAGUGAACUGACAUAUGCCGCGCCACGUCAAAAGUGUUGGACUUCUCAAUUGUCUGGUCAUAAAUGGAUAACAGAUUUACUUCGAGGUAAUCAAAUCAAACCGUUAUCUAUAUUGAGGAUGGAAAAAUGUGUCUUUCUUGAUUUGUGCAAUGAAUUGUCAACAAAGUAUGGAUUAGUGGCAUCACGUAACGUUGGAUUGAGAGAGAUGGUUGCCAUGUUCAUAUAUAUCAUAGCACAAGGGGUUAGUACUAGGGCAGUGCAGGAUCGCUUUCAACAUUCCGGUGAGACAAUUCAUCGUCAAUUUCACAAAGUGUUGGAAAGCAUAAUAAGAAUGUCCAGGGAUAUUAUAAGGCCUAGAGAUCCCGAGUUUAGUGCCACUCCCCGGCAAAUCACAGAAAAUGACAAGUUUAAUCCUUUUUUUAAGGAUUGCAUUGGGGCAAUUGAUGGUACACACAUAGCUGCAGUGGUGCCUCCUGAAGAACGUAUACCAUAUAUUGGGAGGAAAGGAGUGACGACCCAGAAUGUUAUGGCGGUAUGUGAUUUCGACAUGCUAUUCACGUUUGUGUGUGGUGGAUGGGAAGGGUCGGCGCAUGAUUCACGAAUAUUCAAUAAAGUUUUAUCAUAUGUACAUAGCAAUUUCCCUCACCCUCCCACAGGGAAGUACUACUUAGUUGAUGCCGGAUAUCCAAAUCAGAGGGGAUACCUUGCGCCAUAUAAAGGGCAGAGAUACCACCUAGAGAAGAAAUGGUUGAUCCUAACUCGGAUGCCGUCAUAUAAAUUUGACACUCAGAUAAAGAUUGUUGUUGCAUGCAUGGCAUUGCACAACUUUAUUCGAAUGAACGUAAUUGAAGAUGAAGAUUUCCUCGCAUAUGGUAAUGAAUCGGUGGUCAUUGCAAAUGACGACGACUUUGGUACUCCGAUGGAAAAUGGGGAUCCUUUACAGUUAAAUGAAGAUUUAGAGAUGACCACUUUACGCGAUAUGAUUGCAGCCGAGUUAUAUGAUUUGUAG